UCCACUGUGAAUCUGGCUGCAGUCAAGAAUAUCAGGAAAGAAGGGAAGUCUAGUAACACGUUGCCGCUACAUUAUAGUUAUUUAUGAAACAUAAUUUUUUAACUUAGCGGGAAUAACUGAUGACUGAUUCAUAAACGGUUAAUUUAAAGAGCUAAGAAAAGAUGUCGUCGCAGGAAGGGGAGGAGCCACCCCCCAACGGCAGCCAAUCAGACAGCCGAUUGAAAAGCAAGAAGCCGCCCAGUCUGGUCAUAGCCAUCCCGCCCCCAGAGGAGGAGCAGCAAAAGGGAGUUGAUCAUGUCAAACAGCCCCUGCGUCCGUCCCUGAAGAAGAGUGUGAGCGUGCAGCAGGCCAGUCCCCUGUCUGAAGCCGACUCCGCAGGGGGUGGAAGAGGAGGGGGAGGGGGCUACGCUGGGGACAGGAGGGCGGCCUUCCGCAGGCAGACCUCCCUGUCACAGAGCAUACGCAGAGGAACAGCCCAGUGGUUUGGCGUGGGGGAGGACUGCGAGACCAAGCAGCAGUUAUGGCAGCGGAAGAGCCUGCGCCACUGCAGCCAGCGCUACGGCAAGCUCAAGGCCCAGUACCGGGAGCCGGAGACCAUCGGCAGCAUGGACCAGGGCCUCGACUCACCUGCUGCCUCCAAGAUGCCCAAGAUCGUCGACCCCCUGGCCCGGGGCAGGGCCUUCCGCUACCCAGACGAGCCGGAUCGCGGCCCUCGGACCCCCCACACGGCGCUGGGCCCUCUGACCCCCGGGGUGACCUCCCUCUGCUCCUUCACCAGCCAGCGCUCGGGCCCCGCCCGCCCCCCCCGCCGCAAGAGGGAGUCGGUGGCCCGCAUGAGCAUCCGCGCUGCCUCCAACCUGAUGAAGGGGCGUACGGGUUUGGCGGGCUCCCAGACGGGCCGCAGUUACCCCCGCCGCAGCUUCGCCAGGCCCAGCUGGCUGGAGGAGGACACGGUGGACUCUGUCGACACCAACGUGUUCUACAGCAAGGUGGAUGCCCAUGAUGAGCUGUACUCUAUGGCGGACGACGUGUUUGAGUCUCCCCCCAUGUCGGCCUCCUUUGCCCCCAUGGACCACCCCGAGCCUUACCAGAGCCACAAGGACCUCUCCAAGGCCCCCGCCGCCCUGCACGAGGCCACCAGGGGACCCGAGCGCGGCCGGCGCAUCGCCUCCAAGGUGAAGCACUUUGCCUUCGACCGGCCCAAGCGGCAGUACGGGAUGGGCGUGGUGGGCAAGUGGCUGAACCGCCACUACCGCCGCAGCAUCAGUAGCCACGUACAGCAGCAGCUGGACGACUUCCACAGUCACAGGCCCUACUUCACCUACUGGAUCACCUUCGUCCACGUGGUCAUCACCCUGCUGGCUUGCUGCACCUACGGCUUUGCCCCUGUGGGGUUCGCCCAGCACUCCACCUCCGACCUGGUGUUGAAGAACAAGGGCAUCUAUGAGAGCGUCAAGUACGUCCAGCAGGAGAACUUCUGGAUCGGGCCUGGUUCUGAUGACCUGAUCCAUUUGGGGGCCAAGUUCUCCCCGUGUAUCCGUCAGGACAGCCAGAUAGUCCGGCUCAUCCAGAUGGCCCAGGACCUGGAGAGAGAGUCCGGCUGCUGCGUCCAGAAUGACAACUCUGGCUGCGUCCAGACGCUCUCAACCCAGUGCUCGGAGACUCUGGCCACCUUUAUAAAGUGGAAGAACACGGAUGUGGACGUCAUCAGGUCCUCUGGAUCUGUGUGUCACCAGGACCCCAGGACCUGCGAGGAGCCUGCCUCGGCGGAGCCCCACAUCUGGCCAGACGACAUCACACAGUGGCCGCUCUGCACGUUCCCCCGGAAGUCCAACCACACAGGCUACAGACACAUGGACUGUAACAUCAAGGGCCGGCCCUGCUGCAUAGGGACCAAGGGCAGGUGUGAGAUCACUACAAGAGAAUACUGCUCGUUCAUGCAAGGGUACUUCCACGAGGAAGCCACCCUCUGCUCCCAGAUCCACUGUCUAGACGAUGUGUGCGGCCUGCUGCCCUUCCUCAACCCAGACGUGCCAGACCAGUUCUACAGGCUGUGGCUCUCCCUCUUCCUCCACGCCGGCCUGCUGCACUGCCUGGUGUCUGUGGUGUUCCAGAUGACCAUCCUGAGGGAUCUGGAGAAGCUGGCCGGCUGGGUCCGCAUCUCCAUCAUCUACAUCCUCAGUGGCAUCACCGGCAACCUGGCCAGCGCCCUCUUCCUGCCCUACCGACCUGAGGUACGGACACACACGCACAACACACACACACGUUCACCCUACAGAACGCAAUACAUGGAUGACAACAUGUACGGUAAAUCAAACAGAUCGAAAAGAACACCCUCUCCUUCUACCUUCCCGCCCGAGCCCUAUCCCGUGCCACAUGGUAUAUCUCCACUGAGCCCGUCAGGUGUUUUGCAUGCAAGCUGGUAGCUAAGUGGCGUGAGAGUAAGA